UGGGAAUAUUUAUAAAAAUUCAUUUGUAAAUUUUAAUCGUUUUUCGCAGUGUUUGGUAAAUCGUUUGACUUGACAGAAUGGGUAAAUUCGCGUGCAUCGACGGCGAAGCCGAAUUAAUUUUUCCAUCUGAAAAUUUUAAGACUGCAUCGCCUGACAUCAAUCAUAUCGAAGUGCGUCAUCGUCUAAAAAACGGAAUAAAGCCUAAGCCCUCAACAAACGGCACAAUUAUUUCAAAUGGGGUUUUGCCUGUCACAAAUGGGAAUGUCAAGAGUAAAACAACGCUGUCGCCGUCGCCAUCGCUGUCGAAUGCUAUUACCCAGACUGCAAACGGAAAUGUAUACAAUAAAGAGCAACAUGAACAACACUGCAACGGAAAAGCAGCCACAGGAGCAUCAGGAGGAGGAGGCUUCUAUGAUGAUCCUAAUCGAAGCAAAUCGUCAUUCGAAGAGGUUCCUCUACACACAGCCUGCCUAACAUAUCUUGGCUUUUACCUGCUCAUGAUAUUGGGCUACAUCAAUCAAUUGAUGUGUGCCCCAAAAGUAGCUAAAGAAAAUAAUCGAGAGGGCUAUGUUACGCUAUACGAUGCCUUCGAGAGCUUCUAUUCCCGGUAUGUCUAUCGAAGAGUCCGAGAUUGCUGGAAUCGCCCAAUUUGCAGUGUCCCUGGGGCAGAGGUAACUCUCAAAGAUCGCAUAACCAAGGAUUACGGUUGGACAUUUGAGUUCACUGGAACAGAAACACGAUGCUUGAACCUGGGGUCGUACAACUACUUGGGAUUCGCCGCGGCCGAGGGUCCUUGUGCCGAACAGUCUGAACAGCGUUGCCGAACAGACGGCUUGGCUUUGGGCAGUCCCCGUCGUGAAUUGGGGACAACUCACCUGCACUUGGAACUCGAAAAACUGACGGCCGAAUUCGUGGGUGCCGAAGAUGCUAUCGUAUUCGGAAUGGGAUUUGCAACGAAUUCACUCAAUCUCCCAGCCCUACUCACACCUGGAUGUUUGGUUUUGAGCGAUGAAAAGAAUCAUGCAUCGAUUAUACUUGGCAUUCGAUUGUCAGGAGCCACAACUAAAGUAUUCAAACACAAUAACAUGAAAGACCUGGAACGUGUUCUGCGACAAUGUACAAUUAAUGGUGACCCAAAAACAGGCAAACCAUGGAAAAAAAUUUUGAUUAUUGUCGAAGGUGUUUUCAGUAUGGAGGGUUCGAUUGUCCGAUUGCCUGAGGUUAUUGCAUUGAAGAAGAAAUACAAAGCUUAUUUGUAUUUGGAUGAGGCGCAUAGUGUGGGAGCGAUGGGACCAAAUGGUCGCGGUAUUGUCGACUAUUAUGGCGCCGAUCCAAAAGAUGUUGAUAUUCUAAUGGGAACAUUUACAAAGAGCUUUGGCAGCGCUGGUGGUUAUAUUGCUGGAACAAAGAAACUAAUUGAUUUUAUCCGUGUGAAUAGCCAUGCCCACUGCUAUGCCAAUUCAAUGUCUCCACCAAUAGCACAACAAAUCUUAACUUCAAUGAAAAUGAUCAUGGGAUUAGAUGGUUCGGACAUUGGUCGUAGAAAAAUUGAACAACUAGCUCGGAAUACACGGUAUUUCCGACGACGAUUGGCCCAAAUGGGUGUCAUUACCUAUGGCCAUGAAGAUUCUCCUGUUGUACCGAUGCUCGUCUAUCUUUUUUCCAAAAUUGGAGCUGUAGUUCGUACACUAACUUUCCGUAAGGUAGCUGUUGUUGGAGUUGGGUUUCCUGCCACUCCAAUUAUGGAAGGACGUAUACGCUUUUGCCUAUCAGCGGCUCACACUAAAGAGCAGCUUGAUUAUGCCUUGCAAGUGAUAGAUGAAAUAAGUGAUUCAGUUGGCCUAAAGUAUUCACGUAAACCACGAGAUCCUAAUCCGAUUAUUUAUUAAGUUAAAAGAGAAAAUAGUUUAUUUUGUUUGCUUUCAUAUUCCGAAAAGAAAAAAACAAAAUUUAAAAUUAGCCCUAGAUACAAAAAUACAAAAAACAACAAAUACACGUCAUAAUUUAUAUUUAUACAUACAUAAAUUUUUGUCAAACUAAUUUUCCCUUAGGAAAAUCUCUAUUUAAGUGUAAAAUUAAGCAGCAACACUAAAAUUGUGUAUUGAUUAAUAAAAAUAAAUACAAAAAAAAACAAACUGCGAAGUCUAUAAAAACAAAAAUCAAAAUCACAUUUAUGAACACAAUUCAAUAGAACUUUUUUAAUUGCUGCUUAAUUAAUUAAGUAUUAAAAACCUAAGAAUAUUUUAUAACAUACAAAAAUUAGUUUCAUAAUUUAUGCUUUUAAUGUUAAACAAAAAAUUAUUAAAGUAACAAAAAGAAAAAAAAAGACAAAAGAAACAAAACAAAACUUUAUUUACAAAAGAAUUUAUCAUAAAAUAAUGUAAGUCACAACACUUCUUAUUUUGUGUUUAAUUAAGUAUUAUAUAUAUAUUUUUUCAAAUUGAAUAUUUUUCUCUAUUUUUUAUUCUUUAUUUUUUCUCACAAAGGAAAAUGCCUACAUGUCUUCAGUUUCUAUUAGUGUUCUUAUUUUUCUUUAGCAAGGGAAGUCUUUUAUUUUAUUUCGUUGUCUUUUGUUUGUUAUUUGCUUAUGCCUUCAUGUCUUCAUUUUCUAUUCAUGAUUUAUAGAGGUGAAUCAAAUUUUUGAAAAAGAAAAGCGCUGGAGAAUUUAAACUUAAAAGUUGAUUUUUUCAAGAAGAAGAAAAGCCAUAAAAUAAAAUUUACGACGUAGGCAAAAAGAGGCCGAUACAAAACAUAUCGGUGGUUAUUCAUGCGUGUUUUCUUAAUUGAUGUCUUAAUAUAGCCGUAAUUCAUGAUUGAUGUAUCUGUAUGUGCCUGAUAACAUUAACUACAAAUUAGAACUGAGUGCAGCUUAAGUAUAUGUAAAUAAUAGUUAAUAAUAAAUAAAUGUAUAGUUUGGUAUAAUUCUCGAUUCUCUAUUGAUAGUCUAUUCUAUAUUUCGUUAGGUAAUAUAAAUCUAACAGAGAAAUAAUUGACUACAACUCAGUAGAUCAGAAGUACUGGAAACAAUCAAAACUUAAACAUCCACUGAAGUCUGUGUCCCAGUAGUUAGAAAAUCAAUUUUACUUCGGGUAGAAUCGGCUAAGACGCGACAAUUGGCAAUACUAGUUGAUAGUCAAUAUAGACGAGUAUAAUUCAAAAAUCUUUUUACCCCUUGACUAUUAUGAUGGCAAUUCAAGAUUAAUAGUCAAAUAUCGAAAUUUCCACAGGUCCUUUUCUAGGAACUUUUUCCAUGAUCGGAAAUAUCCCUGGAAAUAGAUUACCAUCGAACAAAAAUUCUAUGCAAUUGUAGCUUAAUUUUUUUGGACAUUUUUUCCCGAUAGCAAGUAUUUCUGAAGGAAACUUUUAAGCUUAUGUACGUCCACAAUGUUCUAGAGAGGGAAAAAUUCUAAAGGAAAUUUGUAUUCACUACAGCUUCAUUGCUGGAAAUUAAAUACCCUUGAAUAAAAAUUUAAAGCAAUGGCUUCCGAAAUUUCCUGGAAUUAUUUUUCCGGUACCAAUUAAAUCUGAGGAAAAUAUCAAAAUCAUUUACGUUCCCAAUAUUCGAGAUAGGAAAAACUUCCCAGUUUGAUAUUUGUUUUAAUGUGACGGCUAAUUCACGUCUGUUACGGUUGUCAAACUAUAAAAUGACAAGACCCCAAAAGCGAAAGAUGAUGUUUAAAUGAAAUAAAACCUGAAAUAUGUUUAACUGAGAAUUCAACUAUCGCUUCUACCGUGUUGUCAUUUUAUUGUCCUUUUGAUGAGACCUUUUAAUUCUUGUCUUUGAAUACUGAUAUCCGCGGAAUUGAUCCAAAAUUAGAUAAAAACCCGUUACAAACUGAAUUCUCCUUAGAAUUUCAAAAAUACAGAACGUUCUUAAGAUACGAAUUCAAGUUAAUAUAGGAAAUUGUGUUAAAUUUUCACUUGAAUCAAAAUAUUUAUUAACUCAUUUGAAAACGAUUCCGAAGCGCUUGAACUUUUUUAAUGACGAAGGUAUUUUUGUUUGAAGAAUUCCUAAAAAUGAUUACUAACGUUAAUGAAAAUAGGACAUUUUGAAAAAAAACCUUACACUUUAGUUAAGGAAUUCCAUCAUAAUCGGAACUCACGAAUUUAGUGAUAGUUUUUUUCUUCUUUGGGCUGAAUAACUAGACUUUUAAAACCACCAUUUUCAUUUUUGUUUAUGUUUUUCAAACAUCCUAUCUAAGGUAUUUUAAUCAUUUCCAAAUAUCGAAUAAAUGUUCGUUAUUUUUAAAUUAAAGAAUAUAAUAGGUAGGUUGAAUUUGAUCUUUUUCCUAAAGUUGCUAAUACUACAACUAUGACAGGUACUAAAAAUAAAAUCUUCUCUUUGGCUUCCAAUCAUAAUCAGUGCCUAGCUUUGUACGUCCAGGAUAGUCUCUUCUCCUUAAUCCUCGCUCUUUUACCAAAAAUAUAGGAAAAUGAAAUGAAUAGUAGAAUUUUUAGGAGAAUUAAUACAUUUUUUAGCAGACAUUUCAAUUUACAUUUCUUAGUAAAUUUUAUUUAAUAAGUUCUGCUUUUCUUAUAAGUUUAAUAUUUUUAUGGUUCUUAUUCUUAUUCUUUGUUUUUGUGAUUGAUAUUUUCAAUAUCAUUCGACAUUUCGUAAAGCGCAAUCUUUAAAGGUCAUGUAUUAUAAUUUAAAGGUCAUGAAUUUAGAAUCAAAAGAAAAUGAGCUCUGGAUAAAGUGAAGUUAAUUUUUGAAAUCUGAAAAAACUGUUUCUAAAAUCUUAUCAUGAAUCACGAAGAAAACAUGAAAUAGUUUAAGUAUUUUUAUUCUAACAUUUGUGUAGUAAAAUUUUUAUUGGGAUGAAUGAAAACAAAAUUGUUGUUUUGUUUUAUUUAUAAUUUCAUCAACUUCCAUUUUAUAUAAAAACUUGAGACAGCUUUUUAUUGGCAAAAAAUAUACUUUUUCUUUAGUUUAUUAAUGUUAUAACUUAGUUCAAUUGUUUAAUUUAUAUUUAAAAAGCGGAUCAAAAUCUAAACACAAACAAAAAAAUUAUAUAACUUUUAAUAUUUCUACCUGCUAUUAAACAAAUUAAGAUUAAUAUUAUGUACCUAAACUAAGUCCUAAUACACAAUUUUAAAAUAUUACAAUUUUUAUCAAAAAACAAAUUAAAAACUUAAAGCUAAUGAAAUACAGGGUGUUACAGAAUCAUAAACCUCACAAAAGAACAAAAAUCAAUACAAAAAAGUGUAGUGGAAACUGUAAUAUAUAAAUUUUUCACCAAACAAAAACAAAUGGAACAAUUUUAGGAAAAAUCAUAGUAAAUAUUUAAAUGUUGUGACAUAAAAAUUAAUUUAUUUCAUUUUCUAUCACAUAAUAAAAACAAAUAUCACUAACCAGGCUUUUAUUGAUAUAUCGGGUGACGGAGAUAUCAAUAAUAAAUCACACUGCUGUACCAAUCAAAUAACAUUUUUCCUUCUAUAAUAAUAAAUCCAAACAAAACUGCUUCUCUUCUAAUAUUCAAUUUAACUUAUUGUAACAAUUAAGUAUCAAUAAAAUAAAUUUAAAUAAGAACAAGAAAAAAAAAGAAUUGUCGCUGUUCCUAGCAGAGUCUAUAAAUAUAUUAUAUUAUAUGAGUAGUUAUCGAUAGUGCAAAAAAAAAGAACAAAAAUAAUCAAAAUACAUAUAAAACAUAUUAUAAAACUUAAACAGAACAAAAUAAAGUAAUAGUUGAAGACAAAAAACAAAACACCCUGUAUAUAAAUCCAAAUACAUUUAA